UUUUUUAAGUGAAGGUCUAAAGAGAAGUGGAGAUGUGUACACGUUCGAUGUAGCUUAUGAAUAUUAAUUAAGUUAACUUAGGCCUAACUUGACCGAUUGAGUGAGCGCCUGACGUCAUCUUGAACGAACGUAUGGCGUCGGCAAUGAAUUUUAACGAAGGCGACAAAAUGAAUAUUCAUGAGCUAAGCCGCUGAAAGCUAUGGUAGUGAGUCAUAGCAAAAGAAAGGAAAAAGACCACCAAGAAUGUGACUGCCACAAGCAGGAACUCUACCAUCAAGAAUCGCGUAUUGCAAUAACAAUAUAUACAAUAAAGCAAAUCUACAGAUAAGAAUAAAAGCCAAUAAAAUAAUUAAAGCGCGGAGGCUUUUGAAAAUGUCUGGAGCGGAGUUUGACGGGGAGUUUCUGUACAACUUGCCCGCAUGUGUUAUGAAUGACUUUACACGCGUUAUGGAUUCACUUUCACACUCUGACUGGAUGUUAUUCGCUUCUCGAGUAAUAUCUGAUCAGACUGAACUUCGCCUUUUGGAGCAAACCAGCAGACGGACAGAGACACUCAUGCACAAAUGGGGCUGUCGGAAUGGAACGGUUGGAGAGCUCGUGAAGGUUCUUGAAGACUUGCGGUGUUUUCGGGCUCGUGAUGUCAUCCUCGAACACGUACGUAUCCAACAGUCUGAUUCUGAUCAAGGGUCGUCUUCACCAAAUCCACCAAGCACUGCAUAUCACAGCAGUACAAGCAGAAACGACACCGAAAUUCCUCUACCAAAGCCAGGUCCUCCGCCCCCUGAUCUGGACUCCAUUAUUCCAAAGAAAUCUACUACGUCAGGAAAGUGCCCGUGUGAGGACCCCAAGGAUUCCUCGCCUGUUUCCUCAACUGCGAUGAGCUGGCCGUUGGAGGAAGUACAAGAUGGCACAUGCAACUUUGCCACGUCAUGGCAAAUUGGGGAAGGAGGUUUCGGACACGUGUAUCGAGCCACGAUGAGAAACACAGAGUUUGCUGUCAAGAAGCUAAAAGAGGACUCUCAUUUGGACUGGAGUGUCUUAAAGGAAAGUUUCAGGACAGAAUUGGAGAAACUCUCGCAAUACAGACAUCCCAAUAUAAUGGAACUUGUUGGCUACAGUAUCCAAGGUCAAACGUAUUGUCUUAUAUAUAUUUAUAUGCCAAAUGGCUCUUUAGAAGACCGGCUACACUGUGAGGACAACGCCCUCUCUUGGUCACAAAGUGUUAAUAUUCUGCUGGGCACAGCAAAGGCUGUUCAGUACCUGCACUCCUGCUCACCUGUGCUUAUUCAUGGAGAUAUCAAGAGCUCUAACGUCCUUUUAGGGGAUCAUCUGGAGCCCAAGCUGGGGGACUUUGGAAUGGCGCGUUUUUGUCGCAACCCCAAAAAAACUCCAGGCAAGACAUGUAGCGUCGCUCAGACUUCAACGGUACGGGGAACCCUCGCAUACCUCCCAGAGGAAUACUUGAAGGAUGGACAGCUGGGGGUGGAGAUCGAUGUCUACAGCUUUGGUGUGGUCAUGUUAGAGGUACUUACUGGACGAAGGGCCCUAGAAGUCGAUGGCCAUUUUAAGAAUGUUUACUUGAAAGAUCUAGUAAUAGAGGUGGAUGAUGAUGACAGAAUCUUCAGCAAAGGAAGGAACUCACAGGAAUUGUCCUUGCAAGCGGCUGAGAACAUCUGCAAGAAACACCUGGAUCCUCGACUGAUGACUGAAGACACACCUGCCCUACAUGGGUCAAUGGAAAUCUCCAAACUGGCAUGUCAGUGUCUAGACCGGCGGAGGAAGAAGAGACCACCCAUGACCAAAGUAUUCAAAGAACUCCAAGAUUUGCAUUCAGGGUUGAAGACGUCUGGCAGAUCCACUAUAAUGAAAAUGUCUUCAGUACCAUCUCAUCUGUCCACACCGGAGCCUCUGCGUUCUGAAGACAGCUCCCUGGACUCUCUCACCAACAAAUUCUCCAAACUCUGCCCUCAAGAAGACACUUGCCCCUGCCUUCAUAAGCCCGUCUUUCCUACCUUGACAUCUGCAGUGACUCAGUCAGGAGAGUCUGGGUGGAAUGCUGUAUCGUGGGCUUCACAGUCCUCUGGAAUGCCGUGUGAAUCAGACGAGAGUCAAGGCUUCUCUCACUAUCUCUCAAACACUUGUAGCAGAGUCCAGCCUUUGUCAUGUGAUAUUCAGAGGACUAAAUCAGGUGGAUCUAUACUCGAUGACCCAUCACAGUCCAAUCCAAAUGGAGAUUAUUCUAAUCAGGAAGUUGUUAUUAACCCUGUGAGACAGAGGUUGGUCCAGAAAAUGGAGCUUUAUGAAGAGGGGAGGAUUUUAACUUCUGAUCUGCUCUCAUCAGCGAUGAAUACCCAAACAAGAGAGCCAGAGGAGAGUGAUGAAUUUGCCAGCGAGACUUCGGGAACCAGCCUACAGUCAACAACUGUGGUAUAAGACUGGAAGUUUGGGAAAGAUAAACAGAAAUAUAAAAUAUUUUUAUUCUUGAAAUUUCCUUUAUGGUACUUUCUGUUUUUGAAAACGGUAGAGAAACAUACUUUCAUAAAUACCUCAAUAUAGCAAAACUGCAAUAUUAUGUUCUUUUUAAAUAAAAAAACUGGUAUGGUUAUAGUAAGCUCAAGUUGUGUAUAUGUAAAUGUUGACUGACAUGUUAGAGAUAUCUCCGUCUUUUAUAAUGAUACGCCUGUUAUUUUUGGAGAUCUGAUCUCUCUGUUUUUUUGGGGGGCCUAGUUCUCUUGAGAAAUUUCAAUUAUGAAAGUGUUUUUUUUUUAAUUGUUUAUAGACUAUGACUGAAGCACAUACAAAUAUGAGAACCUUCUAUGUCUAACCUAUUUCUAUUUAACUACCCAGUUUUACACUCUUACAUAAAUUGUAAAGAAAGGUCAACAUUUAAAUUUCCUAGUGAAAGUGUUCAGGAGUAACAUUUUGAAAGUAUAAAAGGAUUGAUAUGAGAAAUUAAUUAGAUUAAAGAAUAAUACCAACACUGUGGAAACUAAUUUAGAUUUAUUUUAACUUUUUUGUUGCUUUGGAUAAAAGCAUCUGUCGAAUGAAUGUAAAUGUCAUGUUUUUAUUUCAGUUUUAUUCUUUUGUAAAGCAAAAUUAAACAAUUAUUGAAUCUACAACUGUAUUAAAA